AUGUCUGCUCCACCCAAGACAACGCAGGUCCAGGGCCAGGUCGAUGAGGUCAUCAAUAUCAUGCAAAACAACAUCGAGAAGGUUAUGGCCCGCGGCGAAAAGAUCGAGACGCUGCAGAACAAGACCGACGACCUCCAGCAGGGCGCCUUGCAGUUCAAGCGCGGGGCAACCAAGGUCCGCUCGCAGAUGUGGUGGAAGGAUUUCAAGCUCAAGAUCAUCAUUGCCGUUAUUGUGGUUGUCGUCCUCGUCAUCAUCAUCGUGCCGAUCGUCAACUCGGUCAAGUCGUCGGCCCCAUCAUCGUCGACCUCCACGUCCUCGUGA